AAACCACUUUUUGAGAAAUUUCCCAUGGGCUCUCUUGGAGGGUGAUCGACUGGCUGGACCCCUAUUCUUCGCCCCCUAUCCCUUGUAAGGUCGUUUUGGAAUGUGGACCUCUUUAAACAGCGCCACGUCCAGAACUUCACCACGCGACGAGUUAGUUCAUGCAUGUCGUUGAAAUAAAUCAACGGGAGAGAAACGACAUCCGACACCAAAACCAACAAUCAUUUUUGUUGCGUUGCCGUCAGGUUCCUUCCAUCGAAGCACAAUGGCGCCCUCUUCAGUAACGGUGACGGCCGCUGCCAAGUCCAAAAGCAAAUCCAAGACCAGCUCCUCCAAGUCGGUCCCGCCACCGCCGCCGCCGUCUGUCCCCACGGUCAAAGAGCGCGAGGCCAUCGAGACCGAGCACAAAGAUUUCUUUUGGACUUACACAGAAGAGCCGCACCGGACGCGACGCCUCGCAAUCAUCAAGGCCCACCCAGAGGUCACCAAACUUUGUGGCCCCGAGCCAUUGACCAAAUAUGUCGUUGUUGGCGUAGUGGCCUUGCAGGUUUUCCUGGCUUGGAUGCUUCGGAACACAUCCUUCUUCUCCAUCAAAUUCUGGGCCGUGGCCUAUAUCUUCGGCGCCACCGCCAACCAAAACCUCUUCCUGGCCAUCCAUGAGGUCUCACACAACCUUGCGUUCCGGUCACCGACUGCCAACCGCCUGCUGGCCAUAGUAGCCAACCUGCCCAUUGGCAUUCCGUACAGCGCAUCGUUUAGGCCAUACCACUUGACGCACCACAAAUCCCUCGGUGUCGACGGUCUCGAUACGGACCUUCCGACCGCAUUGGAGGCCGUCUUCCUGGACUCAAUCCUUGGCAAGGCCUUCUUCUGCACGUUCCAGAUCUUGUUCUAUGCCCUGCGGCCCAUGUUCAUCUUCCGCGUGCCCUUCACCUGGGUGUCGCUUGUCAACGUUUUGGUGCAGUUCACAUUCGACUACUUCCUCGUCACACGCAUCGGAUCUGGUCAAUCUCUGCUCUACCUCAUCUUCUCUUCUUUCCUCGCCGGCUCUCUCCACCCUCUGGCCGGCCACUUCAUCGCAGAGCAUUACGUCUAUGAGACUGUUGCACCCGAGGCUCGCGACCCCAAGAACAACGUCCCCGUUCCGGAGACCUUCAGCUACUACGGGCCCCUCAACUUCCUGACUUACAACGUUGGGCUGCACAACGAGCACCAUGAUUUCCCCGCCGUGCCCUGGACUAGGCUGCACAAGCUGAACGAGAUAGCGAGCGAGUUCUACGACGACCUGCCCCGCCACGAGAGCUGGGUCUAUGCCAUCUGGCGCUUCAUCUGGGACGAGCAGGUCGGUAUGCGCUGCCGCGUCAAGCGCAAGGACGGCGGCCGUCUUGUCGGUAGCGGUGGGAAGAAGAAGGGGGACAGAGUGGCGGCUGUGGCCGAUUGGAAGCAAGACGAGCUGGAAUCAUGAUGGUUGCGUUGAUUUUAUGGGCGACCUGCUGGUGUCAACGGGCGUUUCGUGAGGAUUUAUAGAUGACAUCUGAGAGCGAUAGAAACUAGAAGUCUCGAUUGGGGAUUAUUGCUGACAGGCCAGAUCGCAAGGGGGGAAAGGGAUGGAUUGCGUACCUAGAGCAUAGAAACAAAAGCAUGUGUGGC